UCCGUCACUUGUGGUUGAACUGUUCCCCGGAACGGUCGCGUUUUCCGGAGCUCCUCGAGUCCAGCGACGGCGUGCGCGACGGUCAACAUUAUCAACAGUGUGCGGUGCUGAUGAAUCUCUACCCCAGAGGAGAAGACACAGAUUAAGUGUAGAACUUUGAGUGCUAAACCACUAUCUGCCCCAUUCGAUAGGAGUGAAUUUAUUCGGAAGGAAGCCCGCUGCUUUUGGUCGGAAAACAACUGACGUUUACAGUUUGUGCUGUUCUUAAGUGCUUUCGGUCAUAGUCAAGUGUGGGAUGGAUAUGAGUGGGGUGCGAUGAUGCAUAGAUGAAGCUAAAUAUAAAGAAAAACCAAUCUAUUCUAGUAGUGCAAAAAGGAGUGAUAGUUUACUGGAAUUAGGCAUGCUGACAGGAAAAGAUGGAUGUUAUGUAAGCGAAUAAAGUACAGAAAAUAUUUCAAGUGCUGGCGGAAUCUUGAGCGGAGUUUAUCAGAAACGGACAGUGUUUUCACAUUACAUCCUUUGGAGAUAAGUGUUGAAAAUGCAGCCCGUCAAGUGGGCGCUUUUUGUUACGCUGUGCGUAACGGUUAGGAGAGCGGAUUUUAAAAAUAUUGAUCGAACAACAGACAAUCAGGAGGAGUCGGAUCCAGGCGUAUUACUGCAAGAUAGUCCACUUAGUAGGGUUAAGCGAAACAAUGGUCUUCGGGGGACGUUUCGAGGUCAGACGCAGUCACAGUACUUACAUUUCGGGGACAGCCAAGAUGGUAAAGCGGAAGCAGAAGCGACGCAGCAUGGUUCCAGAGCUAUUGUUGUGGGCACUAAUGGAAUGGGUCAGGCACAAAGUCAAUCUAUGGGAGGUGACUGUACGUCGUGCUUAGGAGUGGGAGUGGAUGGUGGAAGCUAUGUGUAUGAUUCUCGACCUGAUCCUUUGAGAGCGCCCGACGGCGGCAGUGGACAACGUCCCGGGGAUAGACUACGGCUUCCUGAUAGUUAUGAUAGCCGAGCUCCAGGAUCCGGUGGUUCUGACGUUGGCAGGGACUAUCGUCCUGGAGUUGAUGGUUUUAGACCUGGUAGCGAUAAAUUCGGACCAGGACAACCGGGAAUUAUUCAUCCUGGUGGAGAUCAUGGAGUUAGACCUGGAGAUGUUACUGGAGGAGGAACAGGCAUGGAUGUAUCUGGCCGACCUGGAACUGGACCAGGAACUCAUCAUGGUGGUGGAGGCACGGGACCGAUUACUGAUUCCUUUGGUAGACCUAUUGAAGGUGGUGGUGUACAACCAGGUGCCGUAGAUGCAUAUGGUAGGCCAUUGGCAGUAGAUGGUAGACCUACGGGCUUUGUGCCAGGAAAAGUCGACUCUUUUGGGCGACCCAUAGCUACCGAUCUAUAUGGCCGACCUAUUGUCGAACAAGGCGGUACUGGCAGGCCAGGAACAAUUCUUAGCCAAACUAGUGAUUUAGAUUCAUCUGGCAGACCAGUUGGACCUGACGGCCGACCUGGAUAUGAUGGUCGUUACACCCCCGGAACCCCUGGAGCCCCUGGUUCCUUUGCAAGACCAGGCAUUCCAGGUGUUGGUGCACCUGGAUCAGCUGAUGGUCGGUAUACACCUGGUACACCUGGAGCUCCUGGUACAUUUGCCGCACCUGGUAUACCAGGCGAUAGUCGAUAUGUUUCCGGAACCCCCGGAGGCCCUGGUACCUUCGCGAGACCAGGUAUUCCAGGUACUGGUGCACCUGGGUUAGGCGACGGGCGUUAUACACCUGGUACACCCGGAGCUCCUGGUACAUUUGCAGGGCCCGGCAUACCAGGCGCACCAGGGACAGGCGACGGUCGAUAUGCACCCGGAACACCAGGAGUUCCUGGAACGUUUGGUCGGCCUGGCAUUCCUGGUGUUGGUGCCCCUGGGAUAAGUGAUGGCCGCUAUAUACCCGGCACACCUCCAGGUACCAUCGGAAGACCAUCUAUUCCAGGUGUUGGUGGGCCAGAUUCUCCCGGAGGAGCCUUACCAGGAACUGUUAGUAAACCAGGCUCACAAGGAAUUCCCGGUGGUGAUGCACGACCGGGCACGGGGUCACUCGGUGGUACAAGUCAAAAUGGAGGAACUAGCAUAGUUGGUGUUCCAGGAGGUCCAGGACGACCUGGGUUAGAUAGAAGAGAAGAAACUAACGGUGGCUCUUUGACAACUGGAGGAACGGGCAGGCCUAGCGAUAGACCCGGAAUGGCAGGCAUUCCCGGUACCCCUGGUAUGGGAUAUUAUGGGCCUGGUUACACUACAGGCGGACCUCAACCACACGUUGUAGGACCGCCACUAAGUAGUUUUGGACCUGGACACGGACAAGCAACUCUCUAUCAUACAGGCGGACAUUUGGUAACGCUUCCUGGACACGAUCAUACUGUUGUUAACCCUACCGGCGGACUAACUGUUUUAGUCGGUACUGGAAGUCCGAAACAAACAGUAAUUGGAUCUGAUAGUCGGCUGGACGGUCACGGACCUGUUCAAAUUAUUCCCGGCCUACCGGAUGGAUCUGGACCACCAAAGCAAACAGUUUAUGCUCACCCUGGGGGUUUGACAGUAUUAGUAGGUACUGGAGGGCCUCAUCAAACAGUUCAUCAUCUACCGGUUUCAGGUACAGGGUACCUACCUGGAGCCGCCGGAGUUCCACAACACAUCCACACAUCCACUGGUGGUCAGCAAUUUUUACCAGGAUUUCUACCAGGGCAGCCAGGAAAACUGAGUGUACCAGGGAGUGGCACAGGUGGGCAACAAUGGAUAACUGGGCAAGAACAAACUGGAAUCGUAGAUGGUACACAGCAUCCAGGGGGCGUUAGUCCUGGGACCAGUGUAAGUGGACAAUAUCCAGGAGUUGCUGGAACCGGUCAGUAUCAAAGACCUUCAGGGACUGCUGGAGCUGGACAAUAUCCAGGAGGAGCCGAUCAAUAUCCAGGAGUCGCUGGACAAUCACAAGUGGUCAUUGGUCCAGGUCAAUAUCCAGGAGGGACCGGUGUUGGACAGUAUCCAGGGGGACCAGGAAUUGGAUGGCCAACAGGACCAAGCACUGUUCAAUAUCCUGCAGGGCCAAGUACUGGUACGGGACAAUACCCCGGAACAACAGGUGCAGGACAGUAUCCAGGUGGAACUGGUGUUGGCCAAUAUCCAGGUGGCACAGGUGUGCAAACUUCAGGAACAGGAACUGGGCAGUUUCCAGGAACGAUAGGUGUGGGACAGUAUCCAGGUGGAGCGGGCGUUGGGCAGUAUCCAAGUGGGGCAGGUGGUCAGUAUACAGGGAGAAUAGGUGCUGCACAGUAUCCAGGUACGGUUGGUGCAGGACAGUAUCCUGCGGGGCCAGGUGCUGGUCAAUAUCAAGGAGGGGCAGGCCCUGGACGGCACCCAGAGGGGCCAGGUGUUGGACAAUAUCCUGGAGGAAUCGGUUCUGGACAGUUCCCAGGAGGUGCAGGUGCCGUACAGUAUCCAGGAGGCGCAGGUACCGGACAGUAUCCUGGAGGAGCAGUAACUGGACAAUAUCCAGGAGGUGCAAUUAUCGGACAGUAUCCAGGAAGCGCAGGUACCGGACAGUAUCCUGGAGGUGCAGGUAUCGGACACUAUCCAGGAGGCAUAGAUGCUGGGCAGUACCCAGGUGGGGCAGGUACCGGGAUUUAUCCUGGAGGUGCAAUUACCGGACAGUAUCCUGGAAGUGCAGGUACCGGACAGUAUCCAGGUGUUGUGGGUACUGGACAGUUCCCAAGUGGUACAGGUACUGGGCAAUACCCAGGAGGCACAGGCACCGGACAGUAUCCAGGAGGCACAGGUACCGGACAGUAUACAGGGGGCGCAGGUACCGGACAGUAUUCAGGAGGCGCAGGUAGCGGACAGUAUCCAGGAGGCGCAGGUACCGGACAAUAUACAGGAGGCGCAGGUACCGGACAGUAUCCAGGAGGCGCAGGUACCGGACAGUAUCCAGGAGGCGCAGGUACCGGACAGUACCCAGGAGGUACAGGUACCGGACAGUAUCCAGGAGGAGCAGGUGCAGGUCAAUAUUCAGGCAUAGUAGAUGGCACGGGUGGACAACAACAUGGACCAGGAGGUCAAAUGCCUGGUCAGUACCCCGGAGGACAAUAUCCAGCAGGCACAGGCGGAUUGAUUCCGGGACAACUAACUGGUGGACCGGGUGUACCUGGCGGUGGGCAAUAUUAUCCUGCCGGACAGCGGCCGGUUACAGUUGAUCAGUAUCCCACCACUAUCGGACAAGGGGGUGGUGAUGGAACAACUGGACUAGUUGCACCUGAAAGUAUUCAGCUAGCGGAAGACGAUGAUGACUCUUUUUCUCAGGCUGAAUCGUCAGUGAAAAAUGGUGAAGUGAUAGCCAGUGCUCAAGGGCGCAAAAAUGGAGGCACAGCCCAGACUCAGGUUUCAGGCACUUACGAUGGAACAGGAUCAUUCAGUGCGAGUGCUCAAACGAGUGAUACGGAUCGAUCAGCACAGGCUCAAGUAACAGGAGGUAAAGAAGGUGCUCUCAGCUCCGCUCAAGGUAGUGGUGGGGUUGGCAAAUCUCAGUCGCAAGUUCAAGUCAACUCAAAAACUGGUGGAACUUCCGCUACAUCACAAAGUGGAGGACUGGGCCACGAAAGCCAAUCGGAGGUCGUGGCAAACGAAAAAGGUGGAUUGGCGGACGCACAGUCAAGCGGUCCAGGUCAGACAUCGUCGCAGGCGCAAAUUGGAUUCCGCCCACAGGGUGAAGAUAACAGCCAGUUAAAUAUUUUCAAUGGAGGCGGUCAAGCGUCUGCCCAAUCCGGUGCUCAUUCCGGGCAAAGUCAGUCACAAAUUAGCGGAAACUUCAAAUUUGGUAUCUCUUAUCAUGGAGCGGCCCAAUCUGCAUCAGGCACUAAGGAGCAGGUAUCUAGUUACCGAGAGAAGGGCAAAAAACUAUUCCAAUCAAUUGGAUUGUUCGGCAAAACCAACAACGGUGUUGCGGUAAGGCGAGAGUCAGACGUAGUGGAUCCAAACGGUUUACGGUUAAGAACAUCCCAGCAAAGUCAAGUUACCGACUUCCACAGUAUACUUCCAAAGCCGGAAGAAGAAAUGGAGUAUGAAGACGAAGACGAUGAAUAUGAGGAAGAAGAUUACGAAACCACCGAGUCUGUGCCAACAGGUAUAGAAGCGAAAUCACGGAAGACAUCCAGUGACGAUGAUGAUAAGAAAACCACUAUCGUUGAAAUGCCACCCCCAACCGUUCCCUCCUCGCCAAUGACUACCACUAUUCGUCCGAAUCGAAACUAUAACAUUAACAACGGCAAUGGAAAAACAUUCUCGCAGAAUACACCCGGCCAAAAGCAGGUGGCAGCUAUACCCAACUUGGACAAGUUCAGAUUGGUUCAGACGCAAAACGGCAAAACAACCGUUCACGAAACACCUAGUGAAAAACCUCCGGAAGGUUUCAUUGAUAUACCCAGUCAGAAGUCGAGCGGCGUUAACGAACCGACAACGACGACGAGUGCCCAAGUGACAAGUUCUACUCCCAAGUAUCAUACGCGCUAUUUACCGUCGAAGCAUGCGGAUUCGACCGGAAAUCGGCUGACCCAUGAGAGUGAGCAGGGCAAUCCUGACAGCUACAUCUCAGUGACUAAGCAGGUUACCGGAAUCGAUGAACAUAGUAAGGUUCCGGCUAUACCAGGCAAAAACUACGAAUCAACCUACUACACUAAGUCAUCUACGUGUGGUUACUUUACCUUUUCCUGUAAUAUUGUCUACGGAAAAACCGGGCGCAGUAAAAUCUGUAGGCCAAAGCCACCAACGAACGGUAAAUGUUAGACGUGUAGAUCUUAACUAAUUACUUAAAAAAGUAGUGCCUAAGUGAAUUAAAGAAGAGAAAAAAAAACACACAUUAUAACUGCCAUUUUUAAUAAGCUGUUAAGCAUAAAUUUCAACAACUGCCAAUAUUCACGCCAAAGUGUCUAAGACAUUUGUUCAUGUUAGCUCUGCACGCCGUUAGUCAGAUAGCAGUCAGUGGCUGCGUGUUCUCAAUGUUAAUCAGUACCAAAACUAUACUAGUGCCUCAAUGAUAGCAGCAAUAAAGAUAUUUUCCAAUUCAA